CACUCUCCACCAAGUCUACCAUCUGCUCACCAGCAGUCCUUUGGUCGAGGUUGUCUUCAUACUCGCCAUCCCAAUAGUUGCAUUUACCACCACCAUGUCCUCCACAGUCACCGUCUACAUUGACGACAGAGGCAAGCCGGUGAACAUUCCGGACUACGAGUCGAUCAUCAAGCAGAGUUUCGAACUACGUCGCUACCAGGCUACCGCCAUCAACAUAAACGGCGUGCGAAUGCCUCUCACCAAAAAUUCUGAUCUUGACGUCAGCAACGUCUGGGUUAAGUUUGGCCGCACUAUAACAAUGGGAGAGGCUAGGACGCAACGCUUUGUUGCACAAUACCUUGAAGAGCAAAACAUUGCUGCCGUGCGUGCCCCUCGUGUCUACCUCGCCUUUACGUGGGGCGAGUUCGGUUUCAUCGUCUCCGAGUACAUCAACGGGCAGAUGUGCGACAAGUCCGAUAUUAACGUCGUUGCCACCGCAGUGCAGGCUCUGAUCAACAUCCCGAGCCCCAAUUCGACGCCUGGACCCGUCGGAGGAGGCGUCAUCGAGCACCCCUUCUUCGUCGACGGGAAGUCUGAUAUCUGGUACAACACCGUCGAGGAGCUAGAGGGUCAUGUAAACGGGAUCCUGGCCAAGACGGGGAGGACAGUGCGUGUUGACUUCAAGAGUGAGGUCGGCCUGCUCCUCUGCGUAUCCGACUUGAAGAUUGUCAACUUCAUGAAGGAUGGGGAGGGUAGGAUCGUGGCCGUUGAUUUUGGCGGCUACUCCUUCCUACCACCGUCCUUCUUCGCCUUGGCGCUAACACACGGGGGUUUCGCACACCGCAUUGCCUCAAGUGGUAUGCUCGAGUAUCCAGCACCGCCGUCUACAAAUGUUUCGGCGCUGGAAAGCGCCUCUUCCGCGCUGGCCCCAUUUUCGAGCAAUGAUGUCGGUGAGCAGAUCUCCCUGCUCUCUUUUUUUUUCCCUUGCCUCUCGCCCUCUUACAAGAACACCGAGCUCAUUGUACUGUACAGGCCUUUCGAGGAAACUCCGGUCCAGACGCGUUCGGUAAACCCAGCGCACAGAGCAGUCACUUGCUCAACAGGACUGCGUGUUCUCUCUUCUCUUUUUUUAUGUGCGUGCUAUUGCUGCGACUUGUCGAUUCUCCCGAAGGAGGUUGUAUAUCUUCGCUGUCUCUUUCCCAAUGUAUCAGGUACCACAUCAGCCAUUCGGUCACCACACGUGACCACACUGUGGCCGUCAACGCAAUCCUCGCCAACGACGGCACCGCCUUCUGCGCCGUGCGCGCUGCGCACCUCCUAA